GAAAUUGUACUAUCAGAAACACCACCGCCAUCCGAUCCCGACUCAAGUCCUUGAAACAUACACACUACAAUAUCAGCACGAGCGACUAAGACUACAAAUUCACCCCCCGAUAUUCUCGUCCACUUUCGUUGCUUCGACCCGAAAAUCCCGGAUCCCUUGUGAUUGACUUACGAGCCACGCCACGCUCUAGCUUUGAACCUGUUGGGAUGUCCGACGACAAGACAGCCUUAGCAAUCCGGCUCUGGUGGCUCCCCAUGCGAUCUUUGUGCGGAAAGGUAGACCUGACGGUGCCUCCAUCCUUCCCAACUGGUCGCUUAGAAAGUCCCAUUGGCUGUGUCUUUUACAGAAGUGGGAUCUUGCACAGGCUUGAGACAUCGCAGACCAUCUCUUCCGGCUGAUGCUGACGAUAUCAAUUCCGGACCUAGAGGCCGUGCACUUCUCGUCUUUCGAUAUCCUGCAGGUGCAGGGGCAGAGCCAGGAUUGCUGCUCCGAUGCUGCAGAUAUCGAACUCGAAGACGUCGAGACUUUCAGUUGGGACGAAGAUAGGUGGGAAGAGGAUGAUAAACGGCGGAUGCAAGGUGCGGGCAAUAAAAGACUGUGUAUUAGAGGCAGUGGCACGCAGUGUCGCAUUGACGGGCUGCAGGCUGUAUGUUGUAGCCCGUCACAAGUU